CCGCCGCCUGCGGGAACAUGGCCGAGUCGCCGGAGGAGGUGGCGGUGCUGGUGCAGCGGGUCGUGAAGGACAUCCGCAACGCCUUCCAGCGGAACCCACACAUAGAUGAAAUUGGAUUAAUACCCUGCCCUGAAGCCAGAUAUAACCGGAGCCCGAUUGUCCUGGUAGAAAACAAGCUUGGUGUGGAGAGCUGGUGUGUGAAGUUUCUUUUGCCGUAUGUCCACAAUAAACUUCUCCUCUACAGACAGAGAAAACAGUGGCUGAACAAGGAUGAGCUGAUAGACAUCACAUGUACCCUGCUACUGCUGAACCCCGACUUCACCACUGCUUGGAACGUGAGGAAAGAAUUAAUACUGUCUGGCACUUUAAAUCCACUUAAAGAUUUGCAUCUUGGAAAACUGGCGUUAACCAAGUUCCCAAAGAGUCCAGAAACAUGGAUUCAUAGGCGAUGGGUGCUGCAACAACUAAUUCAGGAAAACUCCUUGCCCAGCCUUGCAACUAAAGGAAACUUGGGAGCAGCACCUAUGGAAAGAAUUCACCGACUAGUGCAGGAGGAAAUGAAUGUCUGCUCUGAGGCUGCUGGGAGGUAUCCAAGCAACUACAAUGCUUGGUCUCAUCGCAUCUGGGUUUUACAGCAUUUGGCAAAGCUCACUGUCAAGGUUCUCCUCGAUGAACUUUCAUCCACUAAAUAUUGGGUAUCCAUGCAUGUCUCGGACCAUAGUGGGUUUCAUUACCGCCAGUUCUUACUCAAUUCCUUGAUACGCAGAACCAUGACUGACAAUAACAUACUGCUAAAAAAUCAAAUGGUAAAUGAGCAAAACACUAGCCUUCAGAAGGAGGAAGAGAGUGCAGGAACAGAAGCUGCCUGUGCAGAGGAGCAAAGCUUGGAUCUCCCCCGCCGUUUGGACGAAGAGAUGGAACUCUGCAGUGAACUGAUUGAUAAUUACCCAGGGCAUGAAACCUUGUGGUGUCAUAGAAGGUGUGUAUUCUACCUUCAACAGCACUUAAGCAACAAACUUCCUCUCGUGAGUGCAGUGUUAUCAUCUGUGGACAGCAGUGAUGAAAGUCUGAGUAAUUCCCAUCACAGUCCUGCAACGGGUCACAUGGCACAAGCUAUGGAUGUUGAUGGUUUGAAUGAAUCCAGCAGCAAACAAGGCUAUACCCAAGAAACAAAACGCCUGAAACGUGCUCCUGUGCAGGACUCUCUUGGUCCAGAAAUGGAAUACCGGUUUGUUGAUAAAGUGUUAUCAACUUGUAGGGAUGUGGAUCAAGCCAGGUUUGCUACUGCUUAUAGAAAAUGGUUAGUUACUUUUCUAGGUCAGUGAAGGAAGUGUUUCAGGGUUCUCUUAGUGCAAUAUUCUCUUUUCAGACACAAAUGCAUGUCUUGGUUGCAAGUGCUAGCUAACUCUGUGUUUAUUUCUCUUAUGAUGGUCAGUCCUAAAGCUAAAUUUCAGAGUAGAAGUCUGUCACUUUAUUAAAGAACUGGCAUAUGUUUUUAUUAAGCAAAUGCAGUUCGUUAUUUAAUCUCUUUAAGAAAUCAUUCUUACCAGCUUCAUACCAUGACAUUUUCUUUUUUUUUUUAACUUCUACAUUAAGGUGGACUCUGAAUCAUUUGACUUAAAAAAAAAAAAUAGGUAAAAGAAAAAAAAGUUUGAGAUGUUUGUGAAACAGAGUGUCUGAAAAAAGAAUGUGAGAAACUGUCAGUGUCAGCUAAGUCUGUUCCCUGUUUGUUCCUGUAUAGCAUCAUGCUUAUAGGAUGCUUAUUGGAUCCAGACUAUAUUUUGGUGAGUGCUAUUAUUUUUGUAUAGCAGUCUUUGGUAGGACACCAGAAUACAGUAUUUCUUUCUGAAGGCUCCAGUAACAGUUUUAGACCUGUCAUGCCUUAUACUGUUUUAACUGGGUUUCUGCUUGCUUACUGAUUGCCAUGUUAGCUUGAUAGGAAGGUAUAAGGUUGAAAUCUUGAUAAGCAGAUAUAGGAAAAUGUGGCAGAAAAUAGUUCAAGCACGUGUUCACCCAUAGUCAGAGCUGUAUUUGGCUGUAUUUGGAAAUAGUUUUCUUAAAACAGACUACCUUCAUUUCUUACUUGGUGUUUAUUUAUUUAUUUAAUCUCAACAGUCCAGAACUAAUCACACUUGAUACACAUUUCUUAUGUCCUAUUUACAUCACAGAUUCUCACCCUGCUAAAUCACACAUUGGUAACUUGUACUUAACCAAGACCCUACAAGUCCAAUAUUGGAUGGAAUACGAAGUACCUCUUCCAACUCAUUACUGAGACUAUACAGUUGAAAAUGAAAGUGACAGCAAGGAAGGAGCUAACUAUUCCCUUUUGUUCUUUUGAAGAGCUUCAUUCUUUGGUUGUUUUUUCUCUUGUUCCUUUUUUACUCUAAAGGAAGAGCUCUACUCCAACCAUGUAUCUCUGUUUACAUAACUGUAAAUUUUAAGGGAAUUUGAAAUCAAAAAUGAAUGGUGUAUUUUGUCAUUUCGUUAGAACUUGUCUGUAAAAGGGAUUUUUUACACUAGUAGAGUUGUGCUGGUUCACAGACCCACAGGAAACAUUCUACAACUGUGGAAGUCUAUACAAUGGCAUCAUUGCCUCUUUGAAAAGCAGGCGAUUCUCUGGGGGGAUUAGAUUUUCAAGUUAGUGUCCUUGCUGUAACUGCUUUAAUUAUCUCCUGCCGCAAAUGCCUCUUGACCAUAAGUUUCAAGAUGCUGUUUCCAUUGGGCAGAGAGAGAAACUAUGAGGGAGGAAAUAACACAUGUAGCCUUCUCAAAUGGUCACUUUGAAUCAAAAAAACACUCAAAAUGUGAAGUUCCUGCACUUCUAAGUAGUUCGAUGAAUGAAGUUUACUCUUGCAUUUCAAGAUGAAAACAGACCACCUCCAGUCUUUGACAGUAUGUUCAUGAUUCAUUUCAGGCACCAAGUAGCUAACAGUGACAUUUCUAAAUGUACACUUUUCUGUUUACAGUACAUAGAUAAGACUGAUCUAAGCUUGAGCAUUUCCAUGUCAAAGCUUUGUCUCAGAGGGCAUCCACCCCUGCCUCUCCAUAGGUGUGGAUAUAUUACAUGGUCAUUAGCUUUGAGGUGCUGUGGGAUGCUGUGGUGAUUUGGUUGAUAGUUUUAAUAGCAGAAGACCAUAAUUGUUGUCUGAAGGAAGUGUGGGGUUGGCUUGAGGAGGUUGAAGUACAAAUGGGAGUCUUAAGAACUUAAGAACUUAACUUGAGCAAGAACUUUUACACAUCCUACGGGACCUGAUGUUUAUUGAAUGUGGAUGCUUCAUUAAAGUAUGUAUAGUAGCCUGGGUCAGCUUAAUUGACAGUAUCCCAUUAAUGACUAUAUGAACCUGGCAAGUGUGAAGUCCAGGGGGCAAGGUAUCAAGUUCUUGGUCCUAGAUUACUUAGUAAUGUAUUUGUGUGUUCUGUUUACCUUGACAAAAAUGACCUGUUCAUGAGAAAAACAUUAGUGAUAGGAACAAUCUCAGAAAUAGGAGCACGAUAAGAAACAUUUCUUGAACCAUUCUUGAAACAUUUCUUCCGUGGAAUGGAAGACAUUCUCUCUUCUUGCACUAGAAUGACUGAGGCUUUCAGAAGAAAAUACUAAUAUUAAAAUCCGAGGUGAAACUCAUUGUAUAGUUCUUUCAGACUAUAAUCUGGAGUCUUAGUUAACAUUCUUAGAGGUGUACGGUGGAAGUUCUGUGCUUUUGAACUUAGUAUCAUAAACAUUUAAGCAGGUGCCCUCAAAUACAUGUAUGUUGUUCCUAUUCAUGUCAGCACAAGUAAUGCAUUCUUGUAGGACAACAGAAUUUGGUCUUGUGUAACUGAAUAGAGUUGCAUUGAAUUUCAGUACUUGGAAAAGGUUCUGAGAACUCUGAUCAGAGAAAGUGAUGAUAUUCUUGCUAUUUUUGCAAAACAUUGAUGGCUGUAGUAUAACUCAUAAGUGUGGGUUUUUAAAGUCUGUACCUGAUGGAAAUAUUCCCCUUCAUUUCAUUUUUAAAUCCAGUUAGAAUAGUUAGAAAUGUUUGCAGACCUGAAAACUAAAUAGUGAAAUUGAAACAAGUCAUAUCUUUUUGUUUGAAGGAAAUGCAAACAGUAAGUUGUUAAAUUCAAGCUUUAAUUUUUUAAUAGUAACAAUAUAAAUUAUAUGAAAAAGGAAAAUAGUAUCUAAAUUGCUUCCAACUGUCAAUGUUCUGAAGCAUGAAAUGAUUGAAGAAAUACUUAUACUGCUUUAGGCUCAAAACUGAUGUGAAGUUCUGGAACUAUGAUCAUUGCAGCAUACCUAUCUAACCACUUGGUGUUACUGCAGAAUCCCAUUUGGGCACUGUUCAAAAACAAAUAAAGUGGCUUUAGGUCAUUGGUAGUUAACAUACCAAUCACAGCUACUUUACAUAAGCUGUUUCAUGUUUCAGAGAUCAGAGACUAAAAAUUUAGUCAGUGAACAUUCCUGCAGAGAAAAUGUCCAGCAGAAGCUGCAGAAUACAAGGCUCUCACUCUCUGAAGUUUCUUCAAAUGUAAAAUCAAACUUUGUACAACUGUAAACAUCUUAGUGUAAAGUUCAGCAUCUUCCUAAUUUUGUGUCCUGCUGUAGUAUGUGUCAUUUGAAUUGAUUAUUUUUGUUCACUGGAUUAGUUUUUGUAGAAAUUUGUUAGUACUAGAAACAAAGGGUUUCGAGGAACAAAUGUAAUUUGAAACUACAGAAUUUGGAAUAGAAGGAAUCAUGUUUUUAAGUGGUAAAUUCUCAGCUGCUAAAUACAGUAACUGUUAUUUCACUGGCAUUUUGUUUGUCUUGUGUCUUACAGUCACUGGAGAAACAUGCAGCAUUAAAGAUAGCUACAAUAACAAACUUGUAUGAAGUUAUUGGAAUGCAUUGUUAUAGCUGCUCUGAUUAAUAUUCUUAAUGUACUCAUGUCUACAUAUUUGUAUUUUAUUGACUGCUUACAUAUUCUUUAUACAACAAAAUUCAUGUGUCAUUUUAAUAGGGGAUAAAGUAACUUGUCAGUUUAUACUAUUUGAUUAAUUACCGUGUAUGUAAUUUGUUUUAAGACAAAUAAGCAAAGUGAUAAUAUAGUGUGAAAGCUUAGAUUUUUGUCUUAUAAUCAAAAUUUCUGGCAUUUCCAGUUUUGUUCUAGUGCUGCUUAAUUAGAAUGUGUAGCUAGACUUUAUGGAUGGGAGUGAUUUUUUUUUUUUCCUAAGUAGAUAAUGACUUUUUUAAACAGUACUGUAUAAUAUUGAUGAACAGAAACAAAGGGUUUUGGAAAGGUUUGUCUGCAUAACCAGACUCAAAAAGCAUUCUUUUUCAAAAACAUAUAAUAUACUGAGCAAAAUGUGAGUACCAGAGAAUAAUUUAAGUUGUGAGCCUUUAGAGAUUUGAUGAUUAAAUUUUUGGGCAAGUUGUUGUUUGCUUAGUUUUAUUUUGCCUUCUGUAAGGGGAGAGUGGUUUUUUUUUGUUGUUGUUUUUUGGUUUGUUUUUUUUUUAAAUCUAGUAGGUGAACCAUUGCACUUAAAAUGUGGGAAGAAGAACCCACAACUGCUGAAUUGUAUAUUAUAGAGCAAUUUUGGAAAAAGCAGUGAACUGACACUGAAAUGUAGAUGUCACUUUUAAAUGCAUCUUUGCACUCAGUGGGUGAUGAGAGAUAUGUAUAAUUAGAUCUUACUGUUUUCUCAGUGUCAGAUACAAAGAAAAGGGUGUAACUCACCAAUUGUCAAAUGUAUUUAACAUUCAAGUUAGUUUCAAAGGAAGUUCAGUGUCCCUGUCUGUAAUUUUUCCCUGUGCACUUAGAGGUAUGUUUCUUCUCAGCCUCUUCUCUGUUCUUCCAACCAGCAAAGAAGAAUGUAGCAAAGCAUUGGUGAGGUGGCCUAAUUUUGUGUUUGAGUAACUCUGACUACCUCCCAAAAAGUACUUUGACUGAUGUCCUUAAGUGGAGUUCAUUGGACUCAGUUAUUUCAGAACCUCAUGCUAGGCCUAUAUCCUCUUUCAGAUGUGAAAAGCAAGAGCUUUAUCAAUGUUUAUCAAGUUUUCCAGGGAGAGUUUGAAGGAGAAAGGUAAAAAAAAAAGAUCUUGUAGUUAAAGUUGGAAAAACUAGAAUUAGCAUAAAUUUUCAUUAGUCUCUUCUCUGAAGAAGCAACUCUAUUGCUGAAAAAUGGAGGGAAUUCCAUAUAUUACACUUUUGAACUACAGACCUGACGCUUCCUGAUGACUUUUGCUUAGUGUGUAAUGUUACUUCUCAGGGCAUAGUCUAUUGUAGUGAAUUAGGGUGCAUUUUUACAGUUUAUAAUUAUUGAUUAAAAAGAAAAAAAAAGCUAAACAUGUAAUAAAUGGCUUUUUUUUUUUUUGUCUACCGUAGUGUUUUAUAAUCUACCCGACACUGCAAUAUGUUGAUUCUGUACCCAGUAAUGUACAGUAGACCUCACCAUUUUAUCUGCUUCAUACUGUUACUCUGCAUCUUGAAUUGCUGUUGCAGUCUUACAGGAAGGUCUUGACAGUUGUUGAAUUUAUUCUCUGAGUUUCCUAGUAGUAUUCGGUGGAGUAGUUAGUAUCUCGAAGUAUGUUGUAAUAAUCAUCUGUGUUGAUGCACUAUAGGUCUUAGAUUCAAUAUUUUAAAACCUUUUGUUUGGAUUCUGAAUGCUAAAUAUUUUUUGAUAGCUGUCAGAUUCUUACAUGCAACAGAGUUAUUCUGGAAAACAGAAUUUUUAACUAAAAAGUCUGGUUUGUUGAACAUCUUUAUGUGCACCAUCUGGAACCUGCUGUACAUCCUACUGUAUAGACAGAGGUGGGGAGAACCCACAGUGAGGUGCAUAUUUUCUUCAUGAACAGGUUUCUGGAUGGAAUAUAAUUACAGUUAAACGAAGAGCUUUUCUUGGAUGAGGUACACCUAUCUCUUCAUUGUGAAUAAAGUUAUGAAAUUGGUACAUCAUUAAUAUGUUAAGAUUUCCUGAAUGGCUACAUGUAAUGAGUAGAUAAAAAGAAUGUGUUUUUUUUAACCUGUUGUUAAAAAAAAAUUACAUAAAUGACACGAGGUACCAGAACUUGUUUUUAGAAAGCAAGAUAUGCCUACUGUGUUCAUUCCCUUUUGUACCAGUUUUUCUUUUUUGAAAUGGCUACAUUUAAAACUGGGUAGUUGUCCUGAAAAGUGUGCUUGGGACCACACUUCAUAUAAUCUCAUUACUUUCAUAUAAUCAAAAUCAUAGAUGUCUUAAAUGUUUUUAAGUAGCAUUAAGAUCCAAGGUAGUGACAGCACUACAGUGCUCAAGUGAGCCAAUAAACUCUAAUUUUAUAACACUAUCAUGUUCAUCAAAGUACUAUUCUAUGUAGGGAAAUGUUUAUUUUAUCAAGAUAUGUGCAAAAAUAUUUAAUUCUCAUAGCUUUCUUAUUAGGGGAUAUACAACUAGUUUUCAACAUAAUAUUUUGCAAUAUUUUUUCUAUGAAAAAUUCUCAGAUGCACAGUUGUGACCAUUGUAAAUUUUAUGUAGAUUUCCAAGAUAAAUUAGAUAAAUCAUAAAUUUUGUAGCAGAAAGACUGAAAUUAGGACAGUAAAACACUGGAAAGUGUUCUACAGGAUAGUGAAUGUAAAGCAUUAAGUUUGUUUUUCACUGGUCUUACUUUGUUAUAGGAUGAAUUCCUGUCAGAUGGGGAUUUUUUUUUUUUAAAUUUUUUUUUUGGUAAUCAGUAGAGAAUUUAUCUGUGAAUAAAUUAUCUAUAUUUAUUCUCCCACGAUAAGUGUGCAUGUAUGUGUGAAUGGAUGGAUGAUGGAGCUGUGUUUAUGUCUUGUGAACACUGCAGAAAUCACCCACAUUUGGCUGUCUGCUAACAGACUCCUCCAUGGAUAACCUGUCCUGAGUCUGAGUCCAGCAGGGUGAGUGCCUGCUGAAAGCAGUGGGAUCUAUUGCUUCCCCUCUCUGUCUUAAUCUGCCUGAUUAUCAUGAUACUUGGGCAAAUGCCUGCACACACCAACCAAAUUAUUAGUGGUGGUGUUUAUUCCAAGUGCUUCUAGAGAGUAUUUGAUACUGUGAAAGAGUUUGUAAGGUCUUUCAAGCUGAGAAAAUUUGGGGGUGCUCAGACAAUACCUAGGGGAUACUUUUCAUGAGUCCUCCAGAAAGGAAAUGGACAGGCAGGUUUUGGAUGACUACAGGAGACUGAGAAAAGUAUAGCUAGUGACUUAAAUUGGUAUUUAAAAACAAACAGCAAAUCAUCUUUUUGGUACUUUGUUUUCAGUAUUUUUCUCGCAUUCUUUUUAUAAAAAUAAAUCACAUAAAAUAUUUUCAGAAUCACUCUUCACUUUGAGUGUCUUCUGAUUUUGAAUUACUGGAUUUGAGAGCUUUCCUUAAAGGAAGCAGUUUUAGUGGAAAAUUCUAGCACCUUUCCUGUUUCCUCUUAAACAAUGUGAUUUAUUCCAAGUGUUCUAAAAUGAGCACCUGAAAUCAAAGGGCGUUACUGAAAGUAUUGCUCAUCAUCCUAAAUGCAAAGCUUAAAAAAGCUUCUCUCAUAUGCUUCUUCUAUUUUUUUUUUUUUUUUUUUCUCAUUUUCUCUUACAGCUGCUAGGUAGAAAGAAUAUGUAAGGAAGUCUAUAGUUGAUAUGAGCAAUCUUGGCUUGCUUAAUUUGGGUCUUCAUUUCUCAAGAAAGGAGCAAGUCAUAAACCCUUAUUUAGAAUGGUCAUUCUAUAGAAGUAAUUAGCAGGAUCUGGUUAUUUGUUUGUGAUCUGAAUGCUUUAUUUUGACAUUUAUUGAAAUGAGUUUCAAAAUUCCCACCAACUUCAUUAGCUUCAGAUCUCAGGCCAUACUGUGGAGAGAGUAUCAGCCCCUACCAUAUAGCUAUGACAUAUUUCGUGUAAUGAAUUGCAGGGGAUUUGUUUGGCUUUCACAAAUGGUUGUAUUUAUGGCUUCAAUAAAAAAAUAACCAGGUAGUAUAUAUAGUUGUUAGCACUGUGGAAAAGGAGCCAAUAAGGUUAUAGAAUGGUAUAGGUUUAAAAGGGCAGCUACAGAAAAACCAAGGGUACUACAGGGUAUCAGUAGCUAAGAAAGCUUCCUUUUCCCCUGGUUUUUUUUUCCCCCCUCUAUUCUCUCCUCUUUUCCUCCUUCCCCUGCCUCCUGACCUAGCUUAAAACUCCCCAUUCUCUCCCCUGCCUCCAUGAUUUUUCACAUUUUCUAGUGGCAGAAACUUUCAUACAAUAUACCUGUGUGCAAGCCAGGAUAACACUUUAGUUUUGGAAGUAUUGCAAAUAUCAGUAGCAAAUAGAUACCAGUACUCGAGGUUUGUGCAAGAUAUUUAGGGAUGACUGGUGAGGUUUUAAGUUCUGUGUGAUAACUGAUGCAAUAUUGAACAAGAAUGUCUUAAUAAACAGUGGAUGGCCUGUGUGUUGCUCUUCUCCAGGCAUGCUACAGUACUUAUGGUCAACAACUGCACAUUUAUCAUCUUUGCAUCUCACAAAUGCUUAUCACUAGCUAACAGCUAAUCUAUUUUGUAAAAUGCGUCUACAUAAUGAUGAUUUGAGAUAUUCUUCAAUUAUCUGUUGUUAUCUAGUACUGGAUAACUUUCGCCACACCUUUAGUCCUUCUUCAGUGGAGCCUGGCCAGAUACAGAUUUUCAUGGUUAGAAAUCUGGUUUUGCUGUGAAGGGAAUUAGAAAUUCCACCGUAUAAAGAAGUAUUUUUCUGAUGUCUAGCUAGAAACAUAGAAGGGCAUCUUAGAACUGUUUUCCAGUUGUGCGCACUUGAGUUUUACCUUGUUUAUCUCAAAUAUUUUGUAUUGCAUGUUAAUUAAAUUUUUGCAUAUCCUAGUAGUACAAAAUUACUUACAAAAUAAAAAAGAGCACCCUUGCAGUUUUAGCUAUUCUAUGCAGGUAUCUUCCAAAAUUUACAGGUACAAUUUUAGUCGUGGUGGUUGGCAAAAUUUUUUUUUUCACUUAUUUAUUAGCAGACUUGUUUUUUUUAUGUAUUAGUGACGAAAUGGACUAAGCAUCACCUGUAAGUUAUUGUAUUUCUGUAGAAAAUGGAAAAUAGUGUAAUAUUGUUUUUGUUAAAUGUUGGCAGUUUAUAAAUAAACUUUUCAUCUCCUAAAAAGCCUUGUUUUCUGACAACACUGAACUCCUUUUCAUUCAUUGUUCAUUACCCCUUGUAAUUACUGCUAAUCCCUUUGGUGAUACUCUUCCUUUGACAGGAACUUCAUUUUUCUCUUGUGAAUUAGGUGAUGAUAGCAGACUUACUUUUGGUUCUUUUAAACACGGACACUUAGGCCUUUUUCAAAAGCUUUCCUAGGUUUUUGUUCAAGCUUAGUUUCUAAAAGGACAUAGAUGAACAGAAGUUAGUUCUUUCUAAGAUACUUCUUUCUGGCAAUAGACAGCUGGCUAUACUGUGUAGAGUUGCAGAAUUUGGACAUCAGAUUGCUGUUUGUGUUUCUCUAACUUUUUAAAAUUUUAACGUGAUGUUCUGUGGUGUGCUUGGCUUUUUUAAAAUCUGGAAUCAACCAGAAUAGCUUUUCCCAGUCUUUCCAAGUUCCAUACCAUUUCUAUGCUGUUACAAUUGAAGGGAAAUUGAAGGGAAAGCAGGUAAUUGACCUCUUGUGUUAGGAAAAUUUACCUUUCUUGAUUCAUAUUAAAGAUAGAUGUAAUAGAAGUACCGCUAUACAUGGUACUUUGAUUUCCUGUUGACUGCCUUUAGAAUAUAAAGUCUGCUGUAUAAAUUUUAUGUCAUUACCUGAAGAAGAACCCUCCGUAAUCUGACGCCUGAUGUGAACUGGAUGAAGAGAUACUUGAGGUAUGUUAUUUUUGUAAACUUUUUAAUUAUUCACAUACAAAUACAUUAACAGCUGGAUUGAUAGUGUCGAUCUGCAGUAAAGCUUUUCAAAUAGUAUUCUACUUCAUGUACAGCUCUAUGAUUUCAUUUGUGAAAAGUUGUUAAUUUCUUGGCAAAACUGACUUAGAUGUUUAGAUCUCUUUCAUAGACUUGAGUUAAUGUUGAGGUAAAUUUUCUUCCAGUCCUUGUAUAUCAGAGCAAUCAGUAGCUCUAUAAAGAGCUCUCAUUCCAGACUGUAAUCCAAAUAAUUCUGAGGUUCAUUUAAAUAAUGUGUUAAAUGAAUA